AUCAAAAUUAUGAAAAACCGCAUGAUCAAGUAGCUAAGAACUUAGAUUAAAUUAGCUGAAGAAUUUGCAGAAGAGUUUAUUGAUGUGGAUGGAUGAGAUGAAUGGAAAAUUUUGAUUUCUGUGGUGGCGAUGAUGGGUGAAUGUUUGUGUUGUUGAUUGGUUUUUGGAAUCUGCGAGAAAUCUCUCACUCUUUACGCCUUCUUCAUCUUGACUCUCUUCACCAACCUCUUUUUAUUUUCACUGUCUGAACUUUUCUUGGUAGUGAAUCACGGUUUCUUUCUUCUCAAACCCCAACUUUGAAGUUGUGUUGGCUUCUUCCUUUCCUUUCCUAUCAGGAGGAUUUUGGCGGUGGUCAAUUUCAGUUCAAGUUGAAGCCAAUCGGAAUUUGACACCUUUUUUUUUAUCAACUGUUUGAUGUUGAGCUUGGAGGGAGGUGGAUAUAUCUUGUUGAAUAGGAAGUAGUGUUUUUUUUUUCUUUUAAUUUUUUGUUUUCUGCAGAGGGGAGCUGGUUUUGGGAGUAAUCGGAGCUGGAAGUGAUUGAAUUUGGUCGGUUUUGAAGGAGCUUGAUUGAACUUAUUGAAGGUUGAAUUUGUUGAGUCUCCUUUCAAAUGAGCGAAUCAUAAUGAACGGAAUCGUGGGUUUGUUGGUCAAUGGAUUCUCCAGACAAGACAUUGACUGAUAUACUUGGUAAUUGGAAGUCUUGGAUCCCUUGGCGAUCUGAAUCAGCUAAUGUAUCGAGGGCUUUUUGGAUGCCCGAUCAGAGUUGCCGGGUAUGCUACGAUUGUGAUUCACAAUUUACCCUUAUCAACCGUAGACACCAUUGCCGACUUUGUGGAAGAGUGUUCUGUGCUAAGUGUACAGCAAACUCAAUACUUGCUCCAUCAGGUGACCCGAGGAUCCCUCGUGAAGAGAGGGAGAGAAUUCGUGUUUGUAACUAUUGCUUCAAGCAAUGGAAUCAGGGAAUAGCUGCUUCAGAUCAUGAGAUCAGGGUGCUUAACCAGGAUAUCUCCAGUUCACCAUCAGCGGCUAGUUUGUCCAGUCCUAGAUCUAGUGGCACUGCUGACAGCAGCAUUACUUUUGCUUCUGUGCCUUAUUCCUUUGAGGCCAACCAACAAGCUCUAGAGCAUUCUGGUCUCAGCCCACAACAUUCACCUGUUAUCUUAACAGGCAGAGAUCAGCAGGGUGAAUCGGCAUUGGGAAGGAGCAUUGACAUUCUUUCUAGCAUAGGAGAUACACCACAAAAUUAUUCCAUGAACAGGAGUGCUGGCAAGGAUGAUUAUGAUGGUGUAUACAAGUCUGAUACUGAAGCAAGCCAUUCACCUCAAGCCAUAAGUUACUUUGGUCAACCUGAACCUGAAGAGAUUGGAAUUGAGCAUGGACCACAUAACGAGCAGCUUGAUGGGGAAAACAACGAUGUCAGAAGUUUAAGUAGCUCUCCGUUGCAGGAAAGUUUUUAUUCACAAGGUCUUGAAGGAAUUUCAGAUCUCGACCAAAAAGAAGAAACAAAUUUUAUUUAUGGAGAAGAUCCAGGGCAUUCCUCUUUAGAAUUUACAGAUGAUGUCCAGUCUGAACCUGUUGAUUUUGAGAGUAAUGGGCUUCUUUGGAUCCCACCUGAACCUGAAGAUGAAGAAGAUGAGAGGGAAACUUUCUAUGAUGAUGAUGAUGAGGGACAUGAUGCUGGUGAAUGGGGGUAUUUCCGAGCCUCUAGCAGUUUUGGGAGUGGGGAAUAUCGUAGUAAGGAUAGGUCUAGUGAGGAGCACAAGAAUGUCAUGAAGAAUGUUGUUGAUGGACAUUUUAGGGCUUUAGUUGCUCAAUUGUUGCAGGUUGAGAACCUUCCUUUGGGUGAGAUCAGUGAUAAGGAGAGUUGGCUGGAGAUAAUUACUUCCCUGUCUUGGGAGGCUGCCACACUAUUAAAGCCAGAUAUGAGUAGAUGCGGUGAGAUGGACCCAGGUGGAUAUGUGAAAGUCAAAUGUAUUGCUUCGGGACUUCGCCGCAAUAGUAUGGUGGUAAAAGGGGUAGUUUGUAAGAAAAAUGUGGCUCAUCGGAGAAUGAUCUCAAAGAUAGAGAAGACUCGCUUGCUGAUUCUUGGAGGUGCACUCGAAUACCAAAGGGUUUCCAAUCACUUAUCAAGUUUUGAUACGCUGUUGCAGCAGGAGAUUGACCAUUUGAAGAUGGCAGUUGCAAAAAUAGAUGCACAGCGCCCUGAUGUUCUUUUAGUUGAAAAAUCAGUGUCAAGAUUUGCACAAGAGUACCUACUUGCAAAAGAUAUAUCGCUUGUUCUCAAUAUUAAGAGACCUCUUUUGGAGCGUAUAGCCCGCUGCACGGGUGCACAGAUAGUUCCUUCAAUCGAUCAACUGUCAUCACCAAAGUUGGGAUAUUGCGAGUUAUUUCAUGUAGAAAGGUUCACGGAAGAUCUUACCUCCUCUGGAUCAAUGGGGAAAAGAUCAGUGAAGACAUUGAUGUUUUUUGAAGGUUGCCCAAAGCCAUUGGGUUGUACUAUUUUACUUAGAGGUGCUGACAUGGAUGAGCUGAAGAAAGCAAAGCGAGUCAUUCAGUAUGGAGUUUUUGCUGCUUAUCAUUUGGCCUUGGAAACAUCUUUUCUUGCUGAUGAAAGAGCCUCUCUACCAGAGCUUCCCUUGAACUCCCCAAUUACUGUUGCAAUUCCUGUGAAAUCGUCUGUUGUCGAGAGAUCCAUAUCAAUGGUCCCUGAUUUCAGUCUUCCUGGUUAUCAGGGGCAGCCACCUAGCUUACCUAUCGAGGAGCCACAAAGAUCCAAAAGCUUACCUUCCUCAGAUCUAAUCUUAUCAAGCAACAGCACUAUACCUUUUGUAGAAAAUGGUCCUAGUUCUCAACUCUCCCAACCUAGUUCAUCCGCAGCAAAUUCAACUGCAAUUUUCUCUUCUCAUCCCGUCCCCUGGACUAUUGGUUCAGAGUCUUAUGAUGAUGAGCCCUCUUCAUAUAGUACAAUUAAGGAGAGAAAUGCAUUGGGUACCCGGGGUGAAAUGGAAGAAUCUUCUGCUAAUGGUUAUCAGAAACAAGAACCAGGAUCUGUUAAGUUGUUGGGGAAUGACAAGUUUUCUAUUGAUUCUGAAGACUUUCAUAACUCAGUGGUAUCUAGCCAGCCAACUGGCUCAGAGCCAUUAAACGUGCAACAGAAUAUUCAAAAUCAACAAGAGCUUGGAACUUUCAAAGAGGAGCUGGGAACAGGGAAAGAUGAUUUCCCUACAGCAUCUUCUGCGCAUCAAAGUAUUUUGGUCUCUUCAUCAUCAAGAUGCAUAUUGAAAGGAAGUGUCUGUGAGAGGUCACAUCUCUUUAGAAUCAAAUACUAUGGGACUUUUGAUAAACCUUUAGGCCGAUUCUUAAGGGACAAAUUAUUUAAUCAGGCUUACCGGUGCGAUUCUUGCGAUAUGCCAGCAGAAGCACAUGUUCAUUGUUAUACUCAUAGACAGGGCACCCUCACAAUAUCUGUUAGAAAGUUACCAGAACUUCUCUUGCCAGGUGAAAGAGAAGGGAAGAUUUGGAUGUGGCAUAGAUGCCUACGAUGCCCACGAAACAAUGGUUUUCCUCCAGCUACUCGAAGAGUAGUGAUGUCAGAUGCUGCAUGGGGACUCUCAUUUGGGAAGUUCUUAGAGCUCAGUUUUUCAAACCACAUUGCUGCUAGCAGAGUGGCAAGCUGUGGCCACUCCUUACAUAGAGACUGCCUUCGUUUUUAUGGAUAUGGGAGAAUGAUUGCUUGUUUCCGCUAUACUUCAACUGAUGUGCAUUCUGUAUACCUUCCACCAUCAAAACUGGAUUUCAACUAUGAGGAUCAGGAGUGGAUACAAAAAGAAAAAGAUGAGCAGGUGGUGAACCAAGCUGAGCUUUUGUUUUCCGAAGUGUUGAAUACUCUUCGACAAAUUGCAGAAAAAAUAUCUGGUGCAAGGACCAUCAAUAGCACGAGAAAAAUGGAACUAAGACGACAGAUCGCUGGGUUGGAGGCAAUCUUACAAAAAGAGAAGGCCAAAUUUGAGGAAUCACUCCAUAAAACUAUGAAUGGGGAAGGAAGACAGGGCCAGGGUGCUGUGGACAUUCUUGAGAUCAACUAUCUACGUAGGAAAUUACUCAUUCAAGCUUAUGUAUGGGACCAGCAAUUGAUCCAAGCAGCCAAUUUAGAGAACGGGAACUCUGCUGGCAGCUUUGUUGCAGAGUCUGAAGAGAGACUUGUGGUUGAUAGUGAGAAGCUCUCUGAAAUUAGCACCAACAGCAAAUUAGUUGAAGACCUUAAAUCCUCUGACUCUCACCUUGCCUAUCAACAGUGUAAUGAAGGGCCAAGUAAUGGAAAGGAAUUUGUAACCAACUUGGCUCAACCUGACAUUCAAGUCGAAGAAGUUGGAGAUUCAGAUGCUGAUAAAGGAGAAGAACAUUUAUGCAGCACAAACAUUAGUGAUCCAUCUGAAACCCUAGAACCAAAGACAUAUCUUCAGGCAGCUCAGGCUGAUGGGGAGUUUUCUAGGAUGGUAAGUUUAUCAGAUACACUCGAGGCUGCAUGGACAGGUGACAAUGGUUCAGUAGUUGGAAUUACAAAAAACAAUUCCCUUAUUUUGUCCAAUUCAACUUUGGAAGAUUCAUCAGGCAUUGAUAUUACUAUAUCGAACGAUCAUUCUGAAGAUCAGAAUGUGGACAGGGUUACCCAUGCCAUUUCUCAGUCGCUUCCUUCAAAGGCACUUGAUGAUACAGAAGACUUUGAAGGCUACUUAGAUACGGCUUCAUCAAACUUUUAUUAUUUAUUUAAUGAAAAUUUUCUAGCUAGUGGUCAGAAACUUGAAGCACUAGCUAAACACAAUCCUGUCUUUCUGUCUUCAUUCUGGGAGCUUGAGUUUCAAGGUGGAGCUAGACUGUUCUUGCCUCUUGGUGUAAGUGAAACUGUUGUUCCGGUCUAUGAUGAUGAACCCUCCAGUAUCAUAGCUUAUGCUCUAAUGUCACCAGAAUAUCAUUCCCAGUUGAUUGACGAGGCAGAAAAAGUGAGAGAUGGUGGUGAUUCGUUGCCUUCCUUAUCUUACACAGACUCAUUUUUCCAGUCCUCUGAUGAUUUCUCCUUUGAUACUUCUAAAAGUUUGGGACCUUCAGAUGACACUAUUUCAUCCAUCUCUGGACCUCGUACCUCUAUUAGUUUGGAUCCACUCUCAUACCCAAAGUCCCUUAAUCCCAGAAUUUUUUUUGAAGAAUAUGGUCCACAUGGUGGAGUAAAAUAUUCUGUUACCUGUUACUACGCAAAACGAUUUGAAGCUUUGAGGAGGAUUUGUUGUUCAGAACUUGAUUUUGUAAAGUCUCUAAGUCGUUGUAAGAAGUGGGGAGCCCAAGGUGGUAAGAGUAAUGUUUUCUUUGCCAAAACAUUGGAUGAUCGGUUUAUUAUCAAGCAAGUCACCAAGACAGAACUGGAGUCAUUCAUUAAAUUUGCACCUGAAUAUUUCAAGUAUUUGUCUGAAUCAAUUGGUACGAGAAGUCCUACAUGCCUAGCAAAGAUUCUUGGAAUCUAUCAGGUUACGGCAAAACAUCUGAAGGGAGGUAAAGAAUCAAAGAUGGAUGUUCUGGUUAUGGAAAAUCUUCUGUUUAGAAGGAAUGUUACUCGACUUUAUGAUCUCAAAGGAUCCUCAAGAUCGCGCUAUAAUGCUGACUCAACUGGGAAUAACAAAGUUCUUUUAGACCAAAAUUUGAUUGAAACAAUGUGUACAUCUCCAAUUUUCGUCGGAAACAAAGCAAAACGAUUGUUGGAGAGAGCUGUCUGGAAUGAUACUUCAUUUCUUGCCUCAAUCGGUGUAAUGGACUACUCGUUGCUGGUUGGGGUGGAUGAGGAGAAACACGAACUGGUUAUCGGAAUCAUCGAUUUCAUGAGACAAUACACGUGGGACAAACACCUCGAGACUUGGGUAAAGGCUACAGGCAUUCUUGGUGGGGCAAAGAACUCAUCUCCCACCGUGAUCUCCCCCAAGGAAUACAAGAAGAGGUUCAGGAAAGCAAUGACAACCUACUUCCUGAUGGUCCCAGACCAAUGGUUUCCGCUGUCUAUCGUUCCGAGCCAGUCUCAGUCUGAUUUUGGCGACGAGAACAUGCCGGAUGGAAAACCUGAUGCCGUGUCUGUGUCGUAAUACGUUGUAGAUAGAUGUGAGUGAAUCUCAGAGUACAACCUCUUACAUUUUGUUUAUUAUCUUGAGUAAAUUGAUUCUUUUAGGUAGAUUCUUUUCCCCCUUUUUUCUUUUGGUCCAUUAUUGUUGAAGAGCAAGAGGAGGUGAUGAGAAUUCAUUAGAAGGUGUGAAAGAAGGCUGCUAAAGCCAUUAAGAAAGGAGGUACAAUAUUAGUUAACCUCUUGAUUAAGAUAUUUGUAUAAAAUAGGUAGUGCUGUAGUUAGAUUCACAAUGUAAAGCUUCUGUUCCCCAUAUCAGCGUCUUUUGCUUCCAAAAAAAAGAGAAAAAGAAAAACAUUACCUCCAUAUGUUGUACUUUACAAGAUAAGUUACUUCAGUUCCAACAUCAAUGAAACUAAAUCUUCAAUCAUUCA